CGAGUAUAAUUUUCGUGGAUAUUAUACGACGGUGCUCUUACGUCAAUUUAAAAAAUAAACACUGAUUUUAAAAAAAGAAAAUUACAUCGUUAUUACACUCUGCAUUACGGUAUAUGUAUAAAUUAUAAAUGAUCGUGACACUUUCCUUUUCGGUCUCUAUAAAUGGCCUAUGAACUUCCGGUUUCUGUACUUCCUCUUUCGUAAGGUGGAUUAACGUUGCGAGUCCGAGAGAGACGCGAUAAUAUCAGGUAUAGCGAUGCGUGCAGUGAAUGGUGGAAGUGAGGGAAACAUGAAACGAACCUCAGUCAGUCUUGAAACAUUAAAGGCGAGGGAUCUGCUAUGAAUAUUACCGUAUUCAAUCGUGAAGCGAUUUAUUUACAGUUUGAUUUUUGAAUAUUAAUUAUUUUCGCGCUCAAUUGGUGUCACUUAAUAACGGACGACAGUUACCAAUUUGAAAGUCCAAGACAAUACAUAAAAGCGGGAGAAUGUGGUGCAUUCGUAAAACAUGUAUUUAUUUAUCGUCACAAGGAUGAUUGAUAAAUUAGUAAAAUUCCUUUUGUCUUGGACGAGUACCAAGAUGCUUCAGAGAGAAUAUGAGAGGCUGUUUCUUUAUAAUUUUAUCAAUACUUCGUCCAGGGAGGAGCACCAGAAUCGAAGAAGAGAAUCAAGUAAGGUCAUUGGUCCAAGCUUGGUCUCCACUGGUCUGGUUAGCUCCUGGAGAAGAAUUCUUACCUUUGGGUGUCCCUGAGUUUCUGGAGAACGUCCACGCUGGAGAUAAUUAUCUUAGAACUCGGGAGAGCGUUGAGUUGCUGCUACAAAACCGAUCAUCGUUCUUGUACGGAAGGAAACCAGCUGGCACUGUGCCGAUUUACGCUCUCGUGAAAAGCUGCACGGCAUUAGGAAGAUUUUCAAAAGCUAUCAGAUCCGGGUGGUCACGUACAAAUUCUGUGAGGAGUGAAGACUUGAAUAUCCUGACUGGUGUACAGAAUAAUGAUUUGUUGUCAAAGGAGUCCAGUAUGGAUUCAUAUGAAGAGGAUAAUUUCAUUUUUGAUAAACGUAGAUACAGGAAGUUGCACUUUCACGUGACCUAUUGGAUGUUCUACCCGUUCAGCAAGGGAAAGGCAGUCUGCGUUCUGGAUCUUGGAUUUUUUGGCAGCUGGCCGAUCCCUUUGGUGGGAGGAAAAUGCAUGGGUAGAUUUAAAGAGUAUGGAAACCAUGUUGGAGACUGGGAGCACAUGAGCCUCUAUUUCAAGACUGAUGAUUAUCCUAUGGCUAUGUACGUUUCUGCUCAUGAUGCUGGUGCAUUUUAUCGUUAUGACAGGCACAGCAAGACUUUUAUUUAUGAGGGUCAAGAGACUCGGAAGGGUAUCUUUCAGAAACCUAUAUUUCCGGAACGUGUAUUCACUUCUGCUGGUUCACAUCCGGUUCUCUUCAGUGCUAAAGGAUCUCAUGGACUUUGGACAGCACCUGGAAAACAUAAAUUUGUUAGGAUUCCUAGACUUUAUGAUGAAAGUGGUUUUGGGACUGCCUGGCCCACGUGGCAAAAUGUUGAAGUACUUCAUGCUGAAGACAGAAAUCCAUUACCGGGAUGGAUGACUUUUCGUGGCAAAUGGGGUAAUCCGAAAAGUAAUUGUCAUCCACUUGCUAAAUUGGGUUUUAAUAUCUGUGAAUUCGUUGACGGACCUACUGGGAUUCCAAUGAAGAAAUUGAAUUUUCAAUGCUAAACAGCGUGAUUCAAAUUACAAUUUUUUGUACAAAUACUGUAAAUAAAAUAAUGAGCCAUUUGAGUAAUUCAUUUUUUUGUAAUAUGACUUUAUUAGCUAGAAUCAAGAAACUCUAUGGUUUACAUCAUUGAUAAUAUUCUAGCUACCUCCCAUCCGUGAUAAACAAUGGCAAAUUGCAAUUCGAAUUUCGAAUGCGAUCGAUGUAAAACGAUAAUAAAAUACAUUUUGGUCACUAUGAA